CAUAUUUGCAUAUAUAUCUAGAUAUAUCCCAGGUCUUGCAAAACGUACCCUAGUGCUGGUCUUAUCACUGCAGGGCCUUCUGUGGGAUAUCAAAGAACGUAUGCAAAUAUGACGCCACUGCAGACGGCAUACUUGGGCUUGUCGUCCAGCACGUAGCUUUUCUUCUCGCGCGCCCACGAAGCUCUGUUAUAGCAUGUCGUUUUUACAAGCCGGCCUUAAAUGUUUCAUUUAUAGCGAUGCAGAAGAGGAAGGUCUUAACACAAGACAUGGCACCUCAAGCAUACGGACUGUUCGAGAACAUCAGCUGCCACCUGCAUGCCUGCCCAGGAAAACGUGGCGAGCGUUCUCGUCAUCAUCACCACAGGAGCAAACCUGCAGGGAUUGAAGACAUUGCUGUGCAAAGAGCAACCACAAGCAGCCACCAAGCUGCCAAAGACGACCAUCUACACUGGCCUCGCCUACCUCUUCAUUGGCCGACCCUCGAGAAAAAAACCUUGUGUAAGUAUGUGAGAAUGGAGUGCCGCCGAUGGUGUGAACUGUUGUCUUGUCUAGAAAUUAUUCGUUCAGCAGGCUGAGAGUGCGGGAACACACAACAGAUGAAGGAAAAACCACACAACAUGAGAGAUCACUAACUGGUUCAAUGCUUUUGCUUGUCUAGAAACCCUGAGUGUGAGAUUUUGUAUGCUUUAGUUUUAAUUCUAAUCCACUGUGUGCCAUGAGUGCAGCAGUGCUACUGCCCUGUUUAUAAAUCCAUUGCUACAGAAAAGCUACAUAAAUUAACAAAUCCGAACACAUACUGUCAGAUGCAACGACACAGACAUUUUUCUGAUGAUGUUAUGUAAAGGGUCGGACUUGACACCACAAUUGCAUUAACUUUCACUGCUGUCAAAGAAAAUACGUUCUACUUAUAGUAAGUAAGAUGUAUAAAAGAGUGAAGCACUAUGCCAGUGCGUUUGUACUUUGCAUGUCAUAUUUUUUUCACAAUCUCCAUUAAAGGAACUAAAACUUCUACAUUAACAUGCUAAAAUGUUCUUGCCAACCUACCCAUCUGAGCCAUAAUGAUUUGUUGUCUCCUGGAAAGUGGUUAAUGUUUAACAUUCCAGCGUUGCAGUGAACCCACUGCUAUCGUAUCAGUACAGAGCUAUCUGACAAAGCACCAUAUUCCUACUUUAACAAAGCUAUAUAUUUCACCUACCCUAUUGUAGUGUGACUUCUCAUUUCCUUCAAAAACUGCAAUUGAAAGAAAACAUUAUAAAGAUGUUGCAGUAAUAUGAAGUGCUGAGCUUAAUGUGGUGAAGAGCAUCCUAAGUGAAGCCUUUUCUGCUUACUCCCAUGACCUCCAAAAAUGGCGGCAGACUACUUUGACAAUAUGUAUGUAUAUCAAACAGAUGCCACUACCUUACGGGAAACGACUGACCAUGGCCAUCACCAUGCAGGGCCAGUGUUCUUUCUAGAUAAUACCACGGUGUUUCCCUUGUCAAUCCUUAAUAUUUACUCCUUAAAUGAUUCCUUGCCCAUUCCCCUUGUGUUUGGAAUGGGUAGUUUUGACAGCAUGUCCGAUUAUACCGAACUUUUGAAGUAGCAAACAUAUUUCAUGCAUGGGUGAUGUUUGCUGUACCUAGGUUUUAACGUAUUAAUAUAUAUACUUAAAACUACCAGAAAGCCUGACAAGGUAAUAAGUUUUUACAAAGUUGUGAAAAGCAAUUCGUAAGCAAGAAUAUUAAGCAAUACAAAAGAAAUA